GGCCCAUGAAUUAUUAUUUACGCAUAAACGAAAACAAAAACAACGUCGAAAUGGAGGGAGGAGGUGCCGCGGCCCAGCAGGCAGACACGGAGAUGGAAGAGGCACCAUCAGACCCUCAGCAGCCAUCGGCGGCUCCUCAGGCGGCGGGGAUCGAGAACAUCCCGGCGACGUUGAGUCACGGGGGACGAUUUAUUCGGUACAACAUAUUUGGGAACAUAUUCGAAGUGACGGCGAAGUAUAGGCCGACUAUUAUACCCAUCGGGGAAGGGCGCAUACGGCAUCGUUUGAUUUUUUAUUAAGGUAUUUGGAGCUGUUACAUGUUGAAGAUAAGUUAAAUUUGUGGCUGUUUGCUUCAAUAUAAGCUAAGAUGAAGAAAAAGAAUAUUUUUAAAAGGUAAAAAGUUAUCAAAACUGAACUUUUAUGUAGCAGUUUUUUAAAACAAGUAGUUUGACGGGU